AUGAAAGAGAACGUAAUAGAUUCAGAUGCAGCUUCAAUCACAGCCUCAUCGCUCAGGACAUCCGUCACCCAACGAUCGAAUGAAACUCCAAUGGUUCGGAGGCCGAGUAGAAUGUCAAAGUUAGCCCAAGCAAGGCUCUCGGAGCUUACCAUUAACAAGCUGAAGAUACAUUCGGUCGGUAUGAUUGGAAGAGAAAAGGAAACCGAACUUUUGAGAAUACGCCUUCGCACUCUGAUUCAACAAGCCAAUGAUGCAACUGAUGACGGUGAGAAUGCACAAUCACAUAACAAUGGCAUACAGACAUCCAAGGUGAAAAAGGAACUUGUCCUCAUUAGAGGUUUUGCGGGGGUGGGCAAGACCACCUUAGCCAGAACCAUCAGUAAAGAUGUGAAUUCGACUGCGAAUGGAUUCUUCGCCGAGGGUAAAUUCGAUUUGGAUGAUGAUAGGGAUCAACCAUAUUCGGGAAUAGCAAAAGCAUACAGCGGUCUCAUCCAGGAACUAUGGAGAACCGACCGUGAUAUGCUGCUGAAAAUUGGAAAACAGUUGUCCGAGGAUCUUGGUAGUGAAGUGGAGCCCUUGACUUUUAUGAUUCCGGAGCUUGAGGACGCUGUCAUUCAGCAGUCGACUUCGAGCUUCUCAGAAGGCGGCAUGGAAGGAUUGCAAGAUAGAUGGAAGUAUAGCUUUCGUCUACUGACGCGGCUUCUAUCAGCCCAGAUGAAACCUUUGGUACUUUUGAUUGACGAUUUGCAAUGGGCGGAUCCUGCUUCCUUAGAUCUUAUUGAAUGCUUGAUCACCGAUACUCAGAAUGUCAACCCUUUGAUGGUGAUUGGCUGUUACCGUUCAAAUGAAGUCAAUGAAGACAGUAAUCUUUCAAAGACAAUGGAGUCUCUAAUGGACAGGAAGCUGGACUUUGGUUUUGAUAUUUCAGAAGUCGCUGUAGAAAGCUUUGGGGGCAACGAAGUAAAUCAAAUGGUCAUGAAAAUGAUGGACAUCGACGACGAGGAGAGUACCAGAGAUCUUGCUGAACUAUGCUUCCAAAGAACGUUGGGGAAUCCAUUCUUUGUCAUUGAAUUCAUGAGUAUGCUCCAACGCGAGGAUCUCGUCACAUUCAAUCUCGGCACUAUGAAGUGGUCAUAUGACAUUCGCACCAUCGCAGACACGACAGUAUCGACUGCCAAUGUGGUGGAGCUACUUGAGUCUAGGAUGCAGAAAAUGCCAGCAGAUGUACGGUUGCUACUUCAGCUUGUUGCUUGUCUCGGCCCCACAUGGAGAGUCCCGAUCGUGGAAACACUGUGGAAGAAUCUGGCAAUCGUACAGUCGAAAGGUUUUGAAGUUGUCGCAGUUUCAACUCUGAUAGAAUACAUAGAAGGCGAAAUGCUGGUAGAAGGAUGUGGCGGAGUCAAAUACAGAUGGGUACAUGACAAAGUCCAAGAAGCCGCAAUUUCGCUGGUAGAGACGGAUGAAAGGACGAUGAAGUUUGAGAUGGGAAAGCUUCUGUAUCUCAACCUCCAGGGGAAGGAGCUCGACGAUGGGUUGUUUGAUGUCACCGAUCUCAUCAGUAAUGGAGUAGGGGGCCAGUCGCCAGAUUUUGCUUCUUUGUGCUUGAAAGCUGGAAAGAGGGCCAUGCGUCUCUCUGCGUUCCUAUCGUCCACGAGAUAUGUGAAAAAUGGAAUUGGAAUGCUCCCGGAUAACUGUUGGACAACGUUACAGUCUCUGACACUCGAGCUGUAUACACUUGGCGCUGAAGUAGAACUUGCACUUGGGCAUGUAGAGGAGUCUAAGAACUAUUGUUCAGCUGUUCUCAGUCAAGACGACAUUGAACUGAGUGCAAAGAUCCCAUUGAGAAUAAUAGAGAUAAGGAGGCUGUCGACGGUCGAAAUCAAGUAUUCGGAGACUGUAAAGACAUGCCUCGCACUUUUGAAAGACAUGAAGUAUAAGUUCAUUUGGAGUCGACGGUUGAUCACUUUACAGGCUGUCUCAACGUUGUCGAGCACAAUCAAGGCAGUAAAGAAGCAACCAAAAGAUUUCUACUUGAAUCCCAAAAGGAUGGAUGAUAGGUACAAAACGAUUGUUGAAAUACUGAAUCGGCUGCAGUAUUCAUCUUUUCAUACCCAAAACAUUAUGCAAUUGAUACUCUGCUCUUGUCACAUUGUCCAGCUCACAUUGAAACAUGGUUUGUGCGAAUACUCUGCCAAAGAGAUAGCAACACUUGGGAAUCUAGAGAUCCUUGUGUUCCAAAGACGUAACAAUGCUGCGAUGUUUCGUGAGCUGGCAUUAUCCACUCAAUCUCAUUUUGGAAGACCUCGUGCUUGUCAGGCAAUCUUCAAUGUACACGCAUACUCAAUGGUAUGGUUGGUGCCCAUGCAACAGUGCAAAGAAAUCUACUACGAAGCUUACAUCAAGGGUAUGCGGAAUGGCGAAGUGGAUUAUGCAAUGUGGUGCUUAGCUUAUCAUUUUGGUUAUCUUCCUUACGUUUUGGGGAAGCCUAUCGAUCAAAUUGUAGGAGAGUGUCCUAACGUCACCAUGGCCAUGGAGGAAGUAUCGCAAACUAGCCAGGCAAAUGCGGCGAAGUGCUAUUGGCAAAUGUGGAUUAUUCUCCAGAACCCGCAACCGAAUGGGUAUGCGAUUAGUCUGAAAGGCGAAAUCCACAGUAUCGAAGCAUGUGCCGGAGAUCCGUUCCUUCUGGCAGUGCAUGAUUAUAUCGAAUGUCAGCUUCUUCUUUUUUAUGACGACCCAUCAGCGGCAGAUAGGGCAAUCAGCGGAGCUAAAGUGUUUUCAAAGAUAUCACCGGGUGUCCCUGACGUCAUGAUUGAGACAUUUCACAGAGGCAUAUGUUUGUAUGUCGCUGCUCGUCGGACAAUGAAACGGAAGUACAAACAGCAUGCUAUAAAGAUCCGAAAGCAAAUUCACAAAUGGAAGAAAGAUGGAGUAGUCAAUGUCGUCGACUACUGCAUUUUUCUUGAUGCGGAGCACGCGGCACUGGAAGGCAAGUACGAAGAGGCAGAAUCACAUUACAAGAAAGCCAUACAGUUUGUGGCUCGUUCUGGUCAUCUGCACCAUGCAGGAUUGUUCAACGAGUUGUAUAGUGAUUUUCUGUGGCGUGAAAGGAAUGACAAAGAGGAGGCUAGAUACCACCUUCAAGAGGCCAUGCGGUACUACAACGAUUGGGGUGCGUAUGGGGUUGUCGAGCGACUAAGGAAGUCACGUCUGUUGGAGUAG